CAACUCGGCGGGGGCUCCAGCUCUCGGGAGGGAGGGAUGCCCUGGGAAGCGGACGUGGGGUUUACCUCAAAGAGUUCACCCCGAGGUGCCGGUGCUGGGGAAUGGGGCAGGGGGUUGAGUGAAAAACGUUCUUCCCUUUUUAAAAAGGGGAGGGGGGAGAAGCAGACGUUAAAUUCUUUUGCAAACAUUCAUGCCUAAGGAAGGGCUGGAACAGGCAGCCCCGGCCGCCGGAACCGGUCGGACAGGUAGCGAGCUUGUUGACACCGUUAUGUUGCAGGGCGCAUGCUCACUCCCAAGUUUCCUGGUGCCUUUUCUAUUCCACCUUAUGAAACUUUUUCCUCGGCGUGGUCUCACCCGCGAUUUAAGGCAUAGGUGUCGCGGAGCCUGGAGGCUGGGAGUCGCCGGGCGUGCGGGGGAGAGGCCGGGCCGCGCCGCGGCGGGGGGCGGAGGGAGAGGGCAGGCCCGGCGGGAAGGUGGGCUCCGGCCGCCAGGAGCCGGGGACCGAGCCACCGCCGCCGCCCCUAGCGGGGAGAAGCCGGGACGAGGGGGCCGCAGUCCGGGGAGGGGGCCCCACGAUGCCCAAAGUCUUCCUGGUGAAGAGAAGGAGCCCGGGGGUCUCGGUCCGCAGCUGGGAUGAGCUCCCGGACGAGGAAAGGGCAGACACCUACAUCCCAGUGGGCCUGGACCGUCUGCUCCACGACCCCCCCGAGGACUGCCGCAGCGACGGCGGCAGCAGCAGCGGCGGCGGCAGCAACAGCGCGGGGGAGCCGGGAGGCGCCGAGAGCAGCUCGUCACCGCGCGCCCUCGAGCGCGAAACCCCCGAGUCCGGCGACGGCGAGGGCCCCGGUGGACACCUGGCGGAGAAGCAGCGCCCAGUCGCCAGGUCGAAAAUCAAGUUCACCACAGGCACGUGCGGGGACGCGGCGCUUCACAGCUGUGACCUGUGCGGCAAGGCCUUCCGCCUGCAGCGAAUGCUCAACCGGCACCUCAAGUGCCACAACCAGGUGAAGAGGCACCUGUGCACCUUCUGCGGCAAGGGCUUCAACGACACCUUCGACCUCAAGAGGCACGUCCGCACACACACAGGCAUUCGCCCCUACAAAUGUGAUGUCUGCCACAAAGCCUUCACCCAGCGCUGCUCCCUGGAGUCCCACCUGAAGAAGAUCCACGGGGUGCAGCAGCAGUACGCCUACAAGCAGCGCCGGGACAAGCUGUACGUCUGCGAGGACUGCGGCUACACUGGCCCCACCCAGGAGGACCUGUACCUGCACGUGAACAGUGCCCACCCGGGCAGCGCGCUCCUCAAAAAGACAUCCAAAAAGCUGGCAGCCCUCUUGCAGAGCAAGCUGACAUCGACACUCCAGGGGAAUGCCAACCUGAGCGAGGGGGAGGAAGAGAAGUGAGGACAGUGGGGAGGGACGCCAACGCUGCCACGUUGACAUGGAUUUCUGGUCUUGAGGGUCCCCCACCUCACCAGCUCUUUCUAAGUGUUCUGUUCAACUCUCUGUCCUUUGGGGGGCCUCAGUGGGGGGCUCUGUUCCAAUUAUAACAGAGUCUAAAUGUUAAUGUCAAUUAUAACUGUGGCAUCCAGCCUCCUGGAACCUGUGUCCCAGUGAACACAGUCACGUGAGUGAAAGUUUGUGAAUGGCUGUCAUCACUGUGUGUUUUUUUUUCUUUUUUUUAGGAUUUUUACACAUGGAGGCAGGGUGUUCUUAGAGAGACACCCAUAGGAGAGAUUGAUACGGUGCCUUGAAAUAAAAGUACUUCUACUUGAAA